GCUUCGGGUAUGUAUAAGAUAGUUCGUCCCCCUGUUGGAGAAUCAAACCGGGAGAUGCCUCUGUCUGAAUUAAAAAGUAAAUAUAAAAAAAUUUCCUCGUUAGAGAAGGCUCAAACUGGUUGGGAAGUGGAAUAUGAAGUUUCAUCUAAACAGUGCAUGCAUGGUCCCAAUUGUAAGAUUGGCAACUUUUGUACAGUUGGUAGAAGACUACAGGAAGUAAAUGUCUUGGGCGGCCUCAUUCUUCCUGUUUGGGGAGCUGUAGAAAAGGCCCUUUCUAAGCAGGCCCGCCUAAGCCAUAGGAGGUUACGUGUUGUACGCAUUGAAACUACGGAGGAUAACCAACGUAUUGUUGGGCUUCUUGUUCCUAAUUCAGCAGUCGAAGCUGUGCUUCAAGGUUUAGCAUGGGUCCAAGAAAUUGAGGAUUGACCUUUGACAAUAGUCUUCGCUCACCUUUGGUUUUUAACAAGUUUGUACUUAGGUGCUGCCUUCUGAAAGUUGCUUGCACUACAGCCAAUACAUUGUGUCUUUGGAAGUCAACAAGCAUUUUUUGGUUUUAGGAAAAGGCUCAUCCAUUGAUGCUGAAUUUUUUGGAGAGGAGAAGGACUCAUCCUCUGCGCCAAGCAACACAAUUGUGCAGUCUCAUUUUGUUAUUAUUUUAUCACCCAUUUUGGCAUAUAAUUCGAUUUUGUAUAUUUGUAAAGAUGAUUCACUGAGAAAGUGAAACAGUAGAUAGCUAGGGUGUAUUGGAUAGUCCAGUCCGAAUUUGAACUAUUUUGUAUCAGAUAUCGUAAAUGAUCAUUGGAAUAACAGUUGAAGUAAAUAUUCCUUUUGAGCAAACAUGUAUUGUCCAAACACAGACAUCAACACACGAGCAUACCAUACA